ACCAAAAAACACAAACAGAACAGCAGGAGAACCACCUGUCUGCAGGUAAAGAACAGCAGGAGAACCACCUGUCUGCAGGUAAAGAACAGCAGAAGAACCACCUGUCUUCAAGUAAAGAACAGCAGGAGAACCACCUGUCUGCAAGUAAAGAACAGCAGACGAACCACCUGUCUGCAGGUAAAGAACAGCAGGAGAACCACCUGUCUUCAAGUAAAGAACAGCAGGAGAACCACCUGUCUGCAGGUAAAGAACAGCAGGAGAACCGCCUGUCUGCAGGUAAAGAACAGCAGGAGAACCACCUGUCUGUAGGUAAAGAACAGCAGGAGAACCACCUGUCUGCAAGUAAAGAACAGCAGGAGAACCACCUGUCUUCAAGUAAAGAACAGCAGAAGAACCACCUGUCUGCAGGUAAAGAACAGCAGGAGAACCACCUUUCUGCAAGUAAAGAACAGCAGGAGAACCACCUGUCUGCAGGUAAAGAACAGCAGGAGAACCACCUUUCUGCAAGUAAAGAACAGCAGAAGAACCGCCUGUCUGCAAGUAAAGAACAGCAGAAGAACCACCUGUCUUCAAGUAAAGAACAGCAGAAGAACCACCUGUCUGCAGGUAAAGAACAGCAGGAGAACCACCUGUCUGCAAGUAAAGAACAGCAGGAGAACCACCUGUCUGCAAGUAAAGAACAGCAGAAGAACCGCCUGUCUGCAAGUAAAGAACAGCAGAAGAACCACCUGUCUUCAAGUAAAGAACAGCAGAAGAACCACCUGUCUGCAGGUAAAGAACAGCAGGAGAACCACCUGUCUGCAAGUAAAGAACAGCAGAAGAACCACCUGUCUUCAAGUAAAGAACAGCAGAAGAACCACCUGUCUGCAGGUAAAGAACAGCAGGAGAACCACCUUUCUGCAAGUAAAGAACAGCAGAAGAACCACCUGUCUUCAAGUAAAGAACAGCAGAAGAACCACCUGUCUGCAGGUAAAGAACAGCAGAAGAACCACCUGUCUUCAAGUAAAGAACAGCAGAAGAACCACCUGUCUGCAGGUAAAGAACAGCAGAAGAACCACCUGUCUGCAAGUAAAGAACAGCAGAAGAACCACCUGUCUGCAGGUAAAGAACAGCAGGAGAACCACCUGUCUGCAGGUAAAGAACAGCAGGAGAACCACCUGUCUGCAAGUAAAGAACAGCAGGAGAACCACCUGUCUGCAAGUAAAGAACAGCAGAAGAACCACCUGUCUGCAGGUAAAGAACAGCAGGAGAACCACCUGUCUGCUGGUAAAGAACAGCAGAAGAACCACCUGUCUGCAAGUAAAGAACAGCAGGAGAACCACCUGUCUGCUGGUAAAGAACAGCAGGAGAACCACCUGUCUGCAGGUAAAGAACAGCAGAAGAACCACCUGUCUGCAGGUAAAGAACAGCAGAAGAACCACCUGUCUUCAAGUAAAGAACAGCAGGAGAACCACCUGUCUGCAGGUAAAGAACAGCAGGAGAACCACCUGUCUGCUGGUAAAGAACAGCAGGAGAACCACCUGUCUGCAGGUAAAGAACAGCAGGAGAACCACCUUGGAGGUACCUGA